AAUUCUUGUUCUUGUAAUUAUUCAGCUAAUUUUAAUAGUUUUUAAGCUAAAACUGUAGCGACAAUUAUUUAUUUCCUAUUUUGUUAUUUCACGCUUUUCUAUUCGUGUUUUUAUACUAAAAUUGAACAGCGCACUUACAGCACCGUGCCAAUCCACUAUAGCCAACCAAACCUCGAUUGUCUAUUUGUGACUGCGACUGUCUUUCAUUAAAAUCACAACAAGUAAAAAGCAUAGCGCUGUUGCGAGGAUUUCAGGGAAAUUGGAGUUUAUUUCCAUCUGAAUUAAUCCAUUAUUGUUAUUAAUAUUCUCUAAAGUUAUAACUUGUACUAUUAUUAAAAAUGCCACCUAAGUUUGAUCCAGCAGAAAUUAAAACUGUAUAUCUUCGAGUUGUUGGAGGAGAAGUUGGAGCAACGUCGUCUCUUGCUCCAAAAGUUGGUCCACUUGGUUUGUCUCCAAAAAAAGUAGGAGAUGAUAUUGCUAAAGCAACUUCAGACUGGAAAGGACUUAAAAUAACAGUUAAACUAAUCAUUCAAAACAGACAGGCUAACAUUGAAGUAUGUCCCAGUGCUGCAUCUCUCAUAAUCAAGGCUCUAAAAGAACCUCCCAGAGACCGAAAGAAAGUUAAACAUGUUAAACACAAUGGCAAUAUAACAUUUGAAGAUGUUGUUAACAUUGCAAGGACAAUGCAGCCCCGAUCUAUGGCACGAAAGCUUUCUGGUACAGUGAAAGAAAUCCUUGGAACUAGCCAAUCUGUAGGGUGCACAAUAGAUGGUAGUCAUCCUCAUGACCUGAUAAAACAAAUAGAUAAUGGGGAACUGGAAGUACCUGAGGAAUGAAGGUGUAAAAAUGAAAAAAUAAAAUUAUUGAUUUAAA